CGUCCCCACCCCCCCCCCCAGCCAUUCUCCAUCCCUUCCUGGAGGCUGCUUGGCGAGAGCGAGACGCAGCAGACGCCCGCUAAUCGGCUUUCGCAGCUGCGCCCGGCUCAGGAGCUCAGCGGUGGCGGCGACCGUGGCGAGAAGCCCAAGGCAAGCUCAGUUCUGUUCUACUUUGGAAGAGAAAGUCCAAUGCCUUCUUUUAACGCCUUCUUCAGAACUCAUCUCCUGGGUGCCUGGUAAGGCUUUAAAGAUACAAGGAUUUAUUCACCUUCCCCCAUCCCCCUCCGUGUCCUUUGGGGAUCCUUCAAGAAGCUUAAGUGUUUGUCAGAAGUUCAUAGAGUGGAGACAACCUUGCUGAAGAUGAAGGAUAUACAAUAUUAGAGAGAUUUUUCUUUCAAAAGGCCUUGAUUGUUGGCUUGUGUCUAGUUGCUACUUUUCAAUCAAGUCUGUUUGCUUCAUCAGAAAUGUUUUUUACAAUCUCAAGGAAAAAUAUGUCCCAGAAAUUGAGUUUACUGUUGCUUGUAUUUGGACUCAUUUGGGGAUUGAUGUUACUGCACUAUACAUUUCAACAACCAAGACAUCAAAGCAGUGUCAAGUUACGUGAACAAAUACUAGAUUUAAGCAAAAGAUACGUUAAAGCUCUGGCAGAAGAAAAUAAGAACACAGUGGAUGUUGAGAAUGGUGCUUCUAUGGCAGGAUAUGCGGAUCUGAAAAGAACAAUUGCUGUUCUUCUGGAUGAUAUUUUGCAGCGGUUGGUGAAGCUGGAGAACAAAAUCGACUAUAUUGUUGUGAAUGGCUCAGCAACCAACACUACCAAUGGUACUAGUGGGAAUUUGGUGCCAGUGACUCCAAAUAAAAGGAUAAAUGCAUCAGGCAGCAUUAGAUAGCAAUUGAAGAUCACCUAGUGCUACUUCAUCCACUGUGGAUUAUAUCCUAUGGCAGAAAAGCUUUUUAAUUGCUGGCUAGGACAGAGUAAUACUUUGUAAUAAAAGCUCUGCACAUUUUCAAGAAGUAUGCUGGAUUCAUGGAACUCUAAUUCUGUAUAUAAAAUUUUUUAAAGUUAUGAGUUUGCUUUCAGGCACGUCUCUGCCAUGCUGUACUAUAGCCUUAAAAGGAAUUUGAUAACAUGGUCGAUGUAGUAAGCAGGUAGGUGAUCUUUGUAUACAUUUUUUGUUGGAGAGAAAGCUGAAAUGAAAACACUGAGAUAUUUAUUUAAGUAUAUAACAUGUUUUUCAGAUGAGUAGAGAAUAUUGUUAAUGAAUCAUUUUGUCAUUUGUUGUCAAUAGAUGUAACUGUUAGAUUAAAACUAUUAGAAAAUGUGCUUAUUUCCAUGACUAUAUUUUGUUACUCAGAUUAUGAGCAGAGAAAAGAGAUAUAAUGUUGAAAAUAAUAUUUUCAAAUCAUGACCCAAAGAAUGUCUUCAUUUGCACUGUCCUUCAAAAUAACUGAAGGUUAAUUAUUGUAUAUUUUUUAAAAGUUACAUUUGUAAGAGUAUAAUAUUGAAAUGGGUAGCAGCCACUGUCCUUAAACAUUGGGGAAAUUUAUUUAAUAACAACAUUAAAGUUGUAAUUUCUAAUCUCAUUUAAAAUUUUCUUACAUAUAUUCUGAAGAAUAAAAGAUAUUUUUAUGAUGAGAUUAAAAAUUACUGAGAUAUUCACAUAUAUAGAUGUUAACUUAAAAGUUUAACCCCUUGAGUGUCUGUGUUAUCAGGAAAGCACAUUAUUUCAGUAACCGGUAAUUAUUGCUUUUAUUAUGUUGAUGAAGAGAAGAGGACUAAGAUACUUCGAAGAUGGGGACUCUUGAGGAAUUUAGCCAGAUGUAUAUAAUAAAGGUAUUUGUGCUACAUUAAAUUGAUUGGAAAAUGUUAACAUUAUAAUAUGUAAGAGUGUCCUGCUUUAUGAAGUUUUAGAUUUGUAUAACAAAUACAUUAGCUAUUCAUUUAAUAUAAUAACACUUAAAAUAUUAAGAACAUUUCAAGUAUAAUUUAAAUGAUGAAAAUUGACUAUCUUUCAGGAAAACAGCUGUUGUAUAUAGCAAAAGAGAUCCUAAUCUUGGUUAAUUAUAGUAUAGAACAAAAUACACCUUCAUUUAAAUUUUCCUUGUAGAAAAUCUAAUUGCCAUAUGGUGCCCUAUAUUUCAUAGUAUUUAUUCUCUAUAACUGCUUAAGUGCAGCUAGCUUCUAGAUUUAGACUAUAUUGAAUUUAGUUUUGAAUAUUGUAUCAUUCCUUAUUAUAAUAUGCUACCAUGUGUAGUAGCAAUAAUUCCAAUAUUUUAUUAAAAUAAUUAUGAGAAAAUAUUGUUUCUUAAAAGAUGGCUUUCCAAACUCUCUUCUCUGUACAAUACCUUUAUGUGAAGAAAUCAGUUAUAUACUGUGGCCAGGUGAAGUUUGGAAUAAUUGUUCAGUCUGUCUUAUUAGAUGUGGACAUUUUUGUUUUUUGUUUAUGUUUUCAGGGAUGAAAUAAAAUAUAUUAUUUGUA